AUGGAGGCGAAGCCAAAGACAUGCUACAAGUGCAACGAGACAGGCCACAUCUCCCGUGAAUGCCCUCAGAAUACCCAAAAUGAUAAUACUGGUGGAGGGUACAGUGGUGGAGGAUAUGGCGGAGGAUAUGGCGGCGGCGGCGGAUCAAACACCGAGUGUACAAAUGCGGUAAGGUCGGCCACAUUGCGAGGGCUUGCCCUGAGGCAACUUCGGGCGGCUAUGGCGGAGGAUCGGGAGGCAAGAGUUGCUACUCCUGUGGUGGCGUUGGUCACCUGUCGCGUGACUGCGUACAGGGAUCUAAGUGCUACAAUUGCAACGGAGGGCAUAUAUCCAAGGAUUGCCCACAACCUCAACGACGGGCGUGCUACAAUUGCGGCUCUGAAGGACACAUCUCGCGUGACUGCCCCAACCCGGGCACAGCUGCCUAAGAUGAUGAAACGCGGCGAGAUGUUUUUUAGCUUUCAACGAUCGAUCUUUUUGUCUCUUACCAUUCUCGACCGCAUAUCCAGACCUAGCAUGUUCCAUUCACGCAUUCCCGUUUAA